CAGGAGGAACAUUGUUUUCUUUUCAUCUGCUGUAUAAAAGCUGGAGAGUCAAAGUCUCAACCCGGAGAUGAAUCAUUCACACGCCGGAGAUAAAUAUGAGUUUAAAAGUUGUCAUCCAAAUCCUACCUGAGUGGACAGAUUAUUUUGUGGAGGAAAUUCUUCCCGUUCUCCAGAGUUUGUUUCCCUACGUGAGAGCAGCUGCUCUGAAUGUGACCUUUCUCGCACUCGUCUUUGUGGCAUAUAAAUGGAAACAAAACCCAAACAGCAGUUCCUCCGAAGUUGAUGGAUCCUCCACUGUGGGAGGUGAAGAGGCAGAGAGGACUCCUGUAAAAACGGCGAAUCAGAGAAGCCAGAACUUCCUCAAUCAACUGAAGAGCAUCGUCACGAAGACAUGGAUAAACAAACUGGAAGAACGUUUGAAACAAAGUUACAUCCUUGAAAAGCAGCUGGAGAAUGAGCUGGAAACGGCCAGAAGAGACCUGGAGUUGACUGACAGGAACGUUUGGCAGAAAGAUGAGGAAGUGAAUGAGAUCACUCAGAAACUGAAGGAAAUGACUGAGGACUACGACAAGCAGCAGAGCUUGCUACAAGAAUCCAAGCGUGAAGCCGAGUUGGAGGAAAAGCCGACUGAAGCUGAGAAAGAAGACGUGAAGCAGUCAGAGGCUGAAGUCCUGCAGCAGCUGAAGACUGAACAGAUGAAGAGAGAGGAGGCUGAAAAACACCUGCAGGAGCUGAAAGCAGAGCUGGACACCAAAACACAAAAGCUGGAGAGCUUUUCAAAAAAGGUUGAAAUUCUCCAUGAGACGAUGAAGAAGACAGAAGAAUCCCAGCAGGUGUUGAUGAAGGAGCUGGAAAACCAUAAAGACCAGCAGAAAACACAGAAUCCUGAACAAUCUGCAGCCGUUGAGGAGCCAGAACUGGAGAACUUGACGUCAGAGAUCACGGAGCUCCGCAAAGAGCUGCGAGACGCUCAGGCCCAGUCUGAGGUUCUGACCGAACAGAACCAGCAGCUGCAGGCUCAGCUGGAUGAGCUGAAGGAGACAUACAAACACGAGUUUGAAAAAAUAAUCGCGGAGGAGCAGAAGUGGACGGAGGAGCUUCAAAGAGACGUGAAGGUUCUGAGGAACGAAUAUGUGAACCAGAUCUGUUCCUGCAUUAGGACAAUUCUCUCAGAAUCUAAAACCUCUGAGGAAGUUUCAGCACCGGCAGAGGAAGAAGAAAUCCAUGAAGAAGAUUCAUAAAACUACAUAUUUAUUUUAGAUGAACUGAACUUCACCAGUUAGCUAAUGACAACCCUGAAACUGCUAUUUAUAAUGAUAUAUUGAGUUUCUUUGGUUGUAUACAUUUAAGCCAAACAAAGUUAUCAGAAACAGACUAAAUGUAAUUAUUUUGCACAAUAUUUGGUUUCUUAUGUUAUCUGAAAGACACAAAACUUGUUUGGAUUACUUUACUUAAGCUUAAUUGAAAAUGUUUUGUUGUGUUUCAUGCCACAACGAGAUUAAUUUAUUUUCAAAUAAAAAUGUAUUCCAGCUUCAUCUGACAUUUGAAACAAUGCAAUGCAGAAUUUAACAAGCAACCAAUCAAAGACCUGCAUUUAUUUUCCUCAGUGUUGACUGGCUGAACCUGCAAAGGCAGAAAUAAAGAGCCUGCAAAGAUGGUCUCCACUGCACUUAUUUACAAGUAUUACAGUAAAUUUGUUGUGCAA